AUGUAUGAUGCUGGGAAAGAGGUUUUGGACCUCAAAAGGAGAAGAUCCGGAGGCAGCCAAGAAGGAAUUUAUAGGCCACCUGAAGUUGCUAGAGAGAGAGCUUGAAAACAAGCCUUACUUUGGAGGUGAUACCUUUGGGUUUGUUGAUGAUGGUGUAAGUGACACAAAUGAGCAGAGAUAUAAAUUUGAUGAUCACUGA